ACCCGUUGGGUAGGACGGAAAUAUGUUCCUUUUUGUCCUCCGCCACGGGCGCAGGCUUUAGCUACUCGUCGGAGCCCCGGGGCUUGGGUCGGAACCCUAGGGCUUUGUAGGCUUACCCUCUCGCUGCUGCGAGCCGAGAUCCCGAUUCCCACGAGAUCGGCAUGAGGAGGCGGAAAGCUGAGACGACUUCAAACCCCUCGUGGCGGCUUCUCAGAGAGAAUGGGGGUUUGGGUGUGGCGGCGAUCGCCUACGUGUGCGUGGACUACCUCCGCGAGCUGUCUCCCCAGUGGCACGAACGCCUUCAGCCGGUGCUCUGGGCGGCGCUAGCCCUCGCCGCGCUGGCCCGGGCCCCCUUCUACCGCCACUGGUCGCUGGAGAUCCGUGCGGCCCUCCCCUUCCUCGCUUCUUUGGCCUUCCUGCUCGCCGCCUUCCUCUGCGAGGCCAUCUCCGUCCGCUUCGUCACCGCCGUUCUUGGCCUCGACUGGCACAGAUCCACUUCUCCUCUUCCUGAUACGGGUCAGUGGUUGCUGUUAGCACUGAAUGAGAAGCUUCCUCAGGUGGUGGUUGAGAUACUGAGAGCUCACAUUAUUGGGCUUCAUCAUUAUCUGAUGCUUUUUAUGAUGUUAGGCUUCUCUGUGCUUUUCAACUCUAUUAAAGCUCCAGGCCUUGGAUUUGCUACAAAGUAUUUGUUUACUUUGGCUAUAGGCCGACUCCUUCGUGCCAUAACAUUCGUUUCGACAGUUCUUCCAUCAGUCCGACCAUGGUGUGCAUCAUCUCGAUAUCAAAUACCUCUGCACCCUCAUCCCUGGGCACAGCAAUAUUACGAGCCAUAUGCUUCUGAUCCUAAAGCCAUUCGCAGGCUGAUACAAACUGAUACACAUUAUGCACACGUAAAAGAAUACCCUGUUGAGUACCGGCCAGAUUGGGGGCAUAUGAGCUUCCUAGUAGAUGUACUAAGGCCUUCUGUUUCAGAGGGAUCUAAAUGGUACCAUUUGCUAAAGAAAGCUAGUGGUGGGUGCAAUGACCUAAUGUAUAGUGGCCACAUGCUUGUUGCUGUACUGACUGCUAUGGCAUGGACGGAAGCAUAUGGGGGCUGGACCUCUGCUCUGAUAUGGCUACUCGUGCUGCAUAGUGCCCAGAGGGAGGUACGUGAGCGCCACCAUUACAGCGUUGAUUGCGUCGUGGCAAUAUAUGUUGGCAUCCUAUUGUGGAGGAUGACUGGCUUUAUUUGGUCGGCAAAAGACACAUCCAGAGUAAAAAAACUUGCCAAACUCGAGGAGGUCCAAAGCAGACUUGUUCGAGCAGCAAAGGAUUCAGACAUUGAUGACAUAAGGAAGCUCUUGAAGGAGGUGGAGUUGGCAGGUCAAGAGAGGCAAAGUUCGCAAUUGGCCAUCUGGGCAUUUGCGGGCAUUGCCACUACUUUCUUGAUCACCUGCGUACUCCUAGCCUUUAUAUGGACGAGUGAUGGUUGAUUGAUUACUUACAAAAUCCUAAGGCUGGCUUGUAUUGCAUCCGAGACAUGGCUUUUUGUAUGUACUAUAUGCUUUUUGAUACCAUUUGAAAAUCUAAAAGCAUUGCAAAUGUGUCAUGCAUGGAUAUUUUUAUGUUAAAACGAUCAUGAUCCAAUUAAUUCUCCUAACAAAGUUAUCCUCUUGGUAAAA